CUCACCAAUUCUAAAUAAUAACAAGACAAUAGAUAUCGUUACAACUGCUGAUAGUGACAAUAACCAAGCAGUAAAUAUUGUUACAAAUAUUGAAAGUGACAAUGAUACUAAUAGUAUAGAUGAUGAUGAUGAAUCGCUCGUAAAACAAAAUGAAUUACCUGUGGAACAACAAGAUGAAUCGCUUGUGAAACAAGAUAAAUCACUUGUGGAACAACAAG